AUGGGGAGUUUGGGAGAAGAAGAUCUAGAAAAGCUUGUGCUCGACUAUAUUGAGUCUUCGAUCAUCGUCCCCGAUCAUAUGGAGAAGUCUUCAACUGCUCUAGUAACCCUUCAGGAGAUUCUUGAGACGAAAGGAGAAAAGGAAAAGAAGAUGGAAGACAAGGUUAAGUCGUUUAUCAGGAGAAGAAAAUUAUCAUACGAAGGAGACGAUGAGAAGAGAGACGUGAUGAAAAGGAUAGUAUCUAAGCUCAGAUCUGAUGGUUACAAUGCUUCUAUCUAUGGAACCUCGUGGGAUUCUUCUUUUGAUCGCCGUAAAGUUGAAGAGUUUUUCCUUUAA